GGUUAGGUAAAAGCUGGGGUUAUAUAUUGUGGUCCUGUUACUAAUUCCCAUCGGAGAAUACGGUGGAGAUUUGAUCUCGAGCUUAGAAGUAAGUGAAAAACGAACACGAUUCCCAGGUUGAAGAUGAAGCCACGACGACUGUGUUCUUGGGAAGGCUGGCUCUACUUCUUGUUGCUGGUUGUUUUGUUUUCAUGCAACCAAUCCAUUAAUGCCCAGACUAGUGCCACUGCCGCCACCGAUCCCUCCGAAGUGAGAGCACUAAAUUCAAUCUUCCAACAAUGGGGUCUACAAGCUCUGGAUACAUGGAACAUCAGUGGAGAGCCAUGCAGUGGAACUGCUCUCACCGCAAGCGAUUCCGAGUUCGAGGAUCCUUCUAAUAACCCUGCUAUCCAAUGUGAUUGUUCUUUCCAAGGUGGCACCGUUUGCCACAUCACUAGCCUGAGGGCGUUUGAUCUAGAUAGACGAGGAGUGAUACCAGAGGAGCUCUUGCAGUUGCCCUUUCUGUAUUACUUGAAGAUUGAUAGGAACUUCUUCACUGGUCCUUUGCCAGCAUUCAUUGGAAACAUGUCUAGAUUAGGGUUACUGUCACUUGCACAAAAUGAUUUCUCUGGACCUAUUCCAAAGGAGCUUGGAAAUCUCAAGGAGUUAUUUAUGCUGUCUUUGGGAAAUAAUAAUUUCUCUGGAAUAGUGCCUCCAGAACUUGGUAAUUUAGUCAAGCUUGAAGAACUAUACAUUAACAGUUGUGGAUUCAGUGGUGAGAUUCCCUCAACUUUUGCUAACUUAGAACGACUGCGAAUCGUGUGGGUAUCGGACAACGCAUUCACAAGCAAAAUACCAGACUUUGUUGGUAACUGGACAAGGCUAACAUCAUUGAGAAUGGAAGGAAACUCUUUUGAUGGUCCAAUUCCAUCCAGUUUUGCAAAUUUAACCUCAUUGACUUCUUUGCGAAUCGGCGAUAUAUACAAUGGGAGUUCUUCUCUUGAUUUCGUAAGAAAUCUGGUGAACUUGAAUGAUUUAGUUAUAAGAAAUGCCAUGCUCACUGGUAUUUUUCCAUCUUAUAUCACGGAAUUACAAUCUUUACAAAAGCUGGAUUUGAGUUUCAACAACUUAACAGGCCAAAUUCCAAGCACUUUGUUCACUAUGAAUUCUCUCAGAUACUUGUUUCUUGGAAACAACAGUCUAUCAGGUUCCAUUCCAAGCCAAAAGAGUGGUACACUUCAGACCAUAGACUUAUCGUACAACUUUCUAUCAGGAAACUUGCCUUCUUGGGUGAACUCAGGCUUACAACUGAACCUUGUGGCCAACGACUUAAGACUAAGCAGAUCAAACACAAGGCAUUUUCCAGGAUUAGAUUGCCUUCAAAGAAGCUUCCCAUGCUUUAGAAAUGCUCCAAGAUAUGCAAACUUCUCGAUCAAGUGUGGUGGACCGGCGAUGAUAUCUGAUAGGAUAUUAUUUGAGGCAGAUAAUAAUCCCCUUGGUGCUGCAACGUUUAACGUAAUCGGUACACGGAAAUGGGCAGUUAGCAAUGGAGGCUUGUUUGCAGAUAGUUCGAAUCCACAGUAUGCAAGAAACACCAUAGUACAAGUGAGAGGUACCAACACUCCGGGGCUGUAUCAGACUUCAAGGCUAUCCCCUGAAUCACUCAGAUACUAUGGCCUAGGCCUUGAGAAUGGACUCUAUACCAUAAGGUUGUUCUUUGCAGAAACGGGUUUCCCAGCCCCAAGCUCACAGUCCUGGAAGAGUGUAGCAAGGCGUGUUUUCGAUGUUUAUAUUCAGGGAACCCGGAGAUUAAGGGAUUUCGAUAUAUCAAAGGAGGCUGGUGGUGUUAAUACAGCAAUAAAUAGGAAUUUCACCGCCAGUGUAACUGAGAACCACCUUGAAAUUCACCUGUUUUGGGCUGGUAAGGGGACUACUGGCACACCAGAAGAGGGUACUUACGGUCCAUCCAUUUCGGCUAUUAGUGUCGUUCCAAAUUUCAAACCAACCGUCAGUGGAUUACCACCAGGAAAUCCUAAAGGGAAGAACCGCACAGCAUUGAUCGCUGGAGUUACGGUUCCUGUUGUGGUAUUGGCUUCGAUACUUAUGCUCACAAUUAUUUAUGUGAAGAGAAAGAAAGAAGAUGAGGAGGAGGAGGUGCUUAUUGGCAUCAGCCCUAGACCGAAUACAUUUAGUUAUUCCGAGCUAAAAGAUGCGACUCAAGACUUUAGUCCUUCGAAGAAGUUAGGAGAAGGGGGAUUUGGACCUGUGUACAAGGGUACACUGCCUGAUGGGAGAGUUGUUGCUGUGAAACAACUUUCAUUAUCAUCAAACCAGGGGAAAGAACAAUUUGUUACUGAGAUAGCUACCAUAUCAGCGGUGCACCAUCGCAAUCUCGUCAAACUAUACGGGUGCUGCAUCGGAGGAAAUAGUCGACUCCUCGUUUACGAGUAUCAUGUGAACAAAAGCCUUGAUCAGGCACUCUGGGGAAAAAAUGGCCUGCAUCUCGAUUGGCCAACCCGCUUCAAUAUCAUCUUAUCGACUGCAAAAGGGCUAGCUUAUCUUCAUGAGGAGUCUAAGCCAAAGAUUGUGCAUAGGGAUGUCAAGGCAAGCAAUAUUUUGCUUAACGAAGAACUCUGCCCAAAAAUAUCUGAUUUCGGGUUGGCAAAGCUUUAUGAUGACAAGAAUACACACGUCACGACUCGCGCCGCUGGAACCAUUGGCUACCUGGCACCGGAAUACGCAAUGCGUGGGCAUCUUACAGAGAAAGUAGAUGUUUUUAGCUAUGGUGUUCUUGCUUUGGAGAUUAUAAGUGGUAGACCAAACUCCGACAAUACAUUAGAAGACGAAGAAGUUUAUCUUCUUGAAUGGGCAUGGACCCUGCAUGAAAAUAACCAACUAUUGAGCCUGCCCGAUCCAAGAUUAGCGGAGUUCGACAAAGACGAAGCUCUGCGAGUGAUGAAGGUGGCACUUUUAUGCACUCAAGCAUCUCCGUCGAUCCGACCGCCCAUGUCUCGUGUCGUUGCUAUGCUUUCAGGAGAUACUGAGGUGAACAAUGUUACAACAAAACCAAGUUAUAUAACUGACUGGGAUUUCAAGGACAUAACAGAAGCCUUCGUGAAUGGAGAAACACAAACAUCCAUUGGAACCGAUAACAGCAGAAGCGAAAUCAAGAGUAGGAGCAAGACUAUUUCAAGUCUGGAUGAUCAAUCAACGCUUACUACUGAAUUCAGGGAGACUAUUGCAGAAGGAAGGUGAGAGUUGUUUGUUCCAUGUCUUGAAAAAUACAUACAACUUUGGUACAUUUCAUUUGUUGUUUCUUCAACUCUGCCUACUGAAUUUGUAGUUCUAGAAACUAUAAUUUCUAUAUAGAGUGACGUGUUGUAAUAAACGUGUAACAUAUUAUAACAUUCAUAAUAAAAUACAUAAAUUAACAAAGAAGUUUUUACU